UUAGGGCCACAGAAUUGUUACUCAGGGACAGACACAGAAUUGUUACUGAGGGCCACAGAAUUGUUACUUAGGGCCACAGAAACGUUACUCAGGGACACAGAAUUGUUACUGAGGGCCACAGAACCGUUACUUAGGGCCACAGAAUUGUUACUCAGGGACAGACACAGAAUUGUUACUCAGGGACACAGAAUUGUUACUGAGGGCCACAGAACCGUUACUUAGGGCCACAGAAACGUUACUCAGGGACACAGAAUUGUUACUGAGG